AUGCACUGUGUCCAAUUGAACCGUGUGCAAAAUCUCGUGUCCAUUUGUAACGUGUCCAUUUGCACUGUGUCCAAUUGUACUGUGUCCAAGUGCACCGCUCCCAUUUUCGCGGCGAUCAAACAUUUCAAACACGUUCUCGAGAGCCGUAAGUUUAUCAUUCGAACCGAUCAUAAACCGCUUAUCCAUGCUUUCUUGCAGCGAGCAGACAAGGCUUCCCCUAGACAACUCCGACAGCUGGACCUUAUCUCGCAAUUUUCUACGGAAAUCAUACACGUCAACGGGAAAGAAAACGUGGUUGCUGACGCACUUUCUCGGAUCGAAGCCAUAGGUAUGCCGACAGUGCUCAGUCCUCAGACCAUCAUGGAGGAGCAACAAUCCGACCAAGAGUUUACCGACUUGCUUUCAAACGGAUCAUCGUUCGAACUACAGCAACUCGCUGUCGAACCUGACGUCCAUCUCUACUGCGACGUUUCCAACAACAUCGUCAGACCGUUCAUAUCCCACUCGUUACGACGCACCGCUUUCAAUACGAUUUACGGUCUCGCACAUCCAAGCGGUCGCGUCACAUGCCGUCAACUCAAAGAAAAGUACGUCUGGUCCGGUAUACGAAAAAAUGCGCUUCAAUGGUCAAGAGAAUGUCUCCAAUGCCAAAAAUCGAAGAUUCAAUGUCACACAAGAAUGCAGCCGAACGACAUCGUCGUCCCAGACAAUCGCUUUAAUCACGUGCAUCUCGACAUCAUUCACUUGCCCGAAAUCAGAGGAUUCAAGUAUUGCCUCACGAUCAUCGACCGAUUCUCGCGAUUCCCGAUAGCAAUCCCGCUCAAAGACAUUACCGCGACAACCGUUGCCUCAGCAUUCUUCGACAACUGGUUCGAAAGCGCACUUUUCAACGCUCUCACGAACACCGUUGUCUCCAAACGCAUUCACACGACUCCAUACCAUCCGGCUUCAAACGGCAUUAUCGAAAGGUGGCAUAGGACACUCAAGGCAUCACUCAUGUGUCACUCCGGUACUCCUUGGCUGGACAUCGUACCAACAGUCUUACUAGGACUUCGCACCGCGUACAAGGAAGACAUCAAGGCUUCACCCGCGGAAAUGCUCUUUGGCACGACUCUGAGAAUCCCCGGAGACUUCUUCAUCGAACAAGACCCGACAGCAGACCCGGAGAUCUUCCUUGAAAAACACCGCGAAUACAUGAAAUCGAUUCGUCCAACUCCAACUGUUCAUCACAUCAAAGCAAAAAUGUUCGUUUUGCAGGAUCUUUACAUUUGCUCUCACGUUUUUCUCAGGCAAGAUGAG